GAUAAAUCUCCCAGUCCCUGCAGUGUGAGCGCAACGAAAACUAGUCAGAAAAGGCUCGAACGCCUCCAAUCCUCAAACCGUCGUCACCGACUCGCCUGUGCGUCGUCCAGUCUCCACUUCCAGUGAAAGGACAAGGAAGAGCGCCCCAGUCUGCCAAAACGAGGGUGUUCUCGUUUACCUUCGAACUAUUCAUCAAAAGCUUUGGUCUUGCUCGGCUAGUUACUUUUGGGGAUGAUUUUUGUGGUUGGUGAAUUGUGGGAUUAGUGGUCGAUGGUGUAUGCAUUGUCUGCCUCCAGUACGAGCAUUUCCUUUCGAAAAGAGCUUCACUCUCGUCGCUUUCGGAGGAAACGUUUUGUUUCGAUAAGGGUUUGCGCAUCUGCUUCGUUGCCGGAUAACAUCAAUGGGUUGAAAGUGGAGUACACGCCUUGGCUCGUAGCUGGUUUGGGGAAUCCUGGAAAUAAGUACUGUGGUACUAGGCACAAUGUCGGUUUUGAAAUGAUCGAUCGAAUAUCUGAAGAAGAGGGCGUCGUAAUGAACAUUGUCCAGUCAAAAUGUUUGAUUGGAAUAGGUUCCAUUGGAGAGGUGCCAGUUCUGUUAGCGAAGCCUCAGACUUACAUGAACUUCUGUGGAGAAUCGGUUGGGGCACUGGCGGCAUAUUAUCAAGUUCCCUUGCGUCAUAUCUUAUUGGUAUACGAUGAGAUGAGCUUGCCGAAUGGUGUUUUAAGGCUACAGCCAAAAGCAGGCCAUGGCUAUCAUAACGGAGUAAAAAGUGUGAUGGCCCACUUGGAUGGCCGCCGCGAAUUUCCUAGGUUGUGCAUAGGUUGGUUUAGUGCACCUUUUAGAUCCAUCUCUCCACUCCUUUCUCCAGUCUGCUUUUGUUUAACUCGGGUGUUUGCAGGCAUCGGAAAUCCACCUGGCACCAUGGAAAUGAAAGCUUUUCUCUUGCAGAAAUUCAGUUCCCUCGAACGACAACAGAUUGACGUAGCACUCGAGCAGGGAGUCGAGGCUGUGCGGAAUCUGGUGCUCAAUGGGUUUGAUCAAAGCAUUGAAAGAUUCAACUUAGGACAGAAGUACAAGUUCCACAAGGUUUGAAGUGCGAAGGUAGUUGUAAAAAAUUAGGUUAAAUGGAUAAUGAGACUUGUUUUUGCCCCUUUAGUUGAUUACUACUGUGUCAAUUACUUGGAAAGAAUGAAUCUAGCACGCGAAUUUAGAUGGUCCUCAUCCGCUCCGAUCGGAAUGCGAAGGUAUUAUCCCAGCGGUCC